GCUCCUCGUCAUCCUCCUCACUGUCACACUGAGACACACAGACACAAGAUCCGCCGGGAUUCCUCUCAUAUUCAGCAUCACUCGUGCGCUCGGAAUGGAGAUGCUGAAUAAUCGACUACAAUAAGGAAAAGUCCUCGCAGAGAUCAAGAUGGUGUCGUGGAUCAUUUCGCGGAUGGUGGUCCUGGCCUUCGGGACCCUCUACCCAGCCUAUUCGUCUUAUAAGGCUGUGAAGACGAAAAACGUCAAGGAGUAUGUGAAAUGGAUGAUGUACUGGAUAGUGUUUGCGUUAUUUUCAACAGCAGAAACGAUCACAGAUUUGUUUCUCUCUUGGUUUCCAUUUUAUUUUGAGCUGAAGAUUGCCUUUGUCAUCUGGCUGUUGUCCCCGUACACCAAGGGCUCCAGUGUGCUGUACCGCAAGUUUGUGCACCCCACGCUUUCCAAUAAAGAAAAGGAAAUUGAUGAGUACAUAACCCAAGCUAAAGACCGCAGUUAUGAGACCAUGAUGCGGUUUGGGAAGAGAGGACUCAACAUCGCAGCCACUGCAGCAGUCACAGCAGCCACUAAGGGUCAGGGUGUGUUAUCAGAGAAGCUGCGCAGUUUCAGCAUGCAGGACCUGACUCUGAUUCAGAACGAAUACGAGCAGCAGCUGGACAGAACAGACGACACACACACUGCAGCCACGCUACCUCGGGCUAAAACAGUCACACGCACAGUUCGUGUCACUCCCAUACCGGCUGACACUGAAUCACAGCACAGCUCUCGCUCGGAGGACCAGGCCGACGGCAGGACGGAGCACUCAGAUGAAGAUGCAGCGGAGAAGGCCCCCAAACGCACUGCAAGCGCCAAAACACCCAAGAAACCAGUCACUGCCAAGACAGAGACCACCAAGACAGUGAAGAAACCGCCAAAGAAGAAAGCCACCACCACGGCCAACAACAACGCUGAAUCACCAUGAGUCACAUUGUGUUUAUUCAUCCCCGGACGACACACACACACACACGCUCACAUGCUUUCCCAUACUAACAUUAGUGCUCUUCGCUUUUAUAGAAACACACUGACCCUUGCAAAUAAACACACACACACUCACAUAAGAUGCAUGCAAGAUGUAAAAUGCAGUGAGUAAGUUAAGACGUCUGGCUUCAUGCAUUCAUUUUUUGUGUUGUGCGUGUGUUUCAAGCAAGGCUGGGUCUUGUCUUAUUCUCUGUAGGCCUUUAUAUUAGAGGGCAUCUCUGUAAAGCAUGAGAUCAGAAAGCAGCGCCUGCACAUGAUCAUACACCAACACUUCUGAACCCACAGUAUAUCCCUUAUAACCACAGACUUCAUGCUUGUUUUCCAUAAUAGAGGCCAUUUCACUUUAUUUAGCAUGUAGGACACACACUAUGGGACCAACAAGAAAUGGGAACAGAAGAAUUGGGCUGUUCGAGAGAGUUCUGGAGACACCCACAGCAGUUCUGUUCUCAUCCCGGGUCACAGAUUAUCCCGUGCCCGAGAUAUGUUGUGAAUAUUCAUAAUCAUAGAGGUCAGAUGUCUGCUGGAUGCUUUAGGCACUCAAUGCCUUUUAAUAAGCGCUUUUGUCAGCCAGGGCUGGAGGCGUUCAGAGCAAAAUAAAUGUUCUCUUGUGCUAAUUUGACAUUUUUUUUUAGUGUGAUGUCACACAAUUUGAAAAUUUUUAAGACAUUUAUCCAAGUGGUAGAUGAGAUAGCAGGUGUCAUCUGGUGUUUCGGUAGAGCGCAAGAUGGAAACAGAAUCAGAUGUUGGCCGGUUCAGGACAAGAUGCCUCAGUUUCUGAAGAAUGAUGAUUUGAAGUCCGCUGUUUCAGUUCAAGGUUAUUUGAAACGGCAGGACACUUUAAAUCCAGAUGUGCGCAGCUGUGUAUUGUAUUGAAGGAUUUGGGGUUUGGUUCUGAUCUUGCCUUCAAGGCAGUUUGAAGUCUGCAGUACUACUGAGAGCUGGUAGAGGGCGCUGCUGUACAGGAAAAGAGCACGGCGCACUUCCUGUCAGACUGAGUGAUUUUACACGUGGGUGGAGAGAGGAUUUCAAUUAUGAUGUGUUUUGAUCAGCCUGAAACGUGUUCAUUUGAAUAAUAUUAUCAAGUGUACAUAAUGUCUGCCUUACUCUGAUAGGAUUUUUAAGUUUACAUUUAGUUUGUCACUUUAUUAUGUUAAGAUGUACAGAAACAUGUUUAAAAAAAAAAUUUUAAGUGCUGUUUUGUGCAUAUUUGUGUGGUGUUUUAAUUUACAAAGUUGUGUCUUCUCUGCCUUUUUUGUAUAGAAAUGAGAGAUGGCUGUUUGCUCUUAGGAAGAACGGGGGACAGUUGUGUGGGACGGACUGAUGAUCAUUUUAACAUAUGUCAGUCUUUACAUCAUUAGCAGAAAGAUGUUUUGGUAGAAACACAGUUUAGAUGCAGAUUGUCGUCACAUUGCUGUCUUCACUAUCAUCGUGAUGUUUAAUUCAGUGUUGCUGAUUGGCAGCGUGACAUUUUCUGAGUCUCGUUCUCCUGAGUAAUUCGGUAUUUAAAAAGAAUCUUUAUUUGAUUUUUGUUGUUCUUCUUUUAAUUAAAAGCUAGUGUGGUUGAUGUUCGCCAACCCACACAGAAAUGACAAGUCAGUCUCACUCCUCAUUCUUCCUUUGUUCCACACUGUUUUUCGCUUCUUUCCCCCUUUGUUCGGUAUUUGUUAUCUGGAUAAAAAAAAAAACGACAAUGACUUUUUUUUAUUCACCAAGGACCGCACUGAAAGAGACAUGACAAACUGAACAUAUUUUCUUUUAUGUUUUCUGUAGUGUGUUGGAAAUUGGUAUUAUUGCAUAUACAGAUUUGAACUGUGAGAGGAUAUUCAACAUUAAUAUAUUGUUUGUGCCAAUUCUAAAUGCUCUUAAUAUGUUAAAAGAAUGAAAAAGAAAGAGAUUGCUGCUAAGUGUGUACUAACUGACCUUGAAUUAUUAAUCAAUAAAAUGCAAUUACAUCCCUAA